AUGGACGUCCCCGGAUUCGCACUCAUCACCGGAGCAGCGUCUGGUAUCGGCAAAGCAUGCGCCAAGGCCUUUGCCAUGGAGGGCGCAGCCGGGGUUGCCCUCCUCGACAUAUCCGAAGAGGCGCUCCUCGCGGCCAAGACGGAGAUUUCGGCCGACAUGGCGGCACGACGGGCGGAGGGACAAUGUCCCCUCUUGACAUGUACCGUCGACGUCACCGAUGAAGAGCAAGUCAACAGGGUCGUCCAGGAGGUGGCCAGGACGUUUGGCAGGCUGGACUACGUUGUCAACGCAGCCGGCGUGACCUUCAGGCACGACAACGGCGCCGCCUUUGCCGACACCAACGACUGGAAUCGCGUCAUGAGCGUCAACGUCGACGGCAGCUUCUUCGUCCUGAGGGCCGCCGCGCAGACCAUGCUGAAGCAGGAGCCUAUACUGUCCUCCGUCGACGGCCGGCCGCUGCAGCGAGGCUCCAUUGUCAAUCUCGCGUCGAUGCUGGGCCUGGUCGCCAUCCCGCGGUACACGGCGUACACGGCGUCCAAGCAUGCCAUCGUCGGCCUCACCCAGUCGGCUUCCCUGGACUACGCCAAGGAUGGGCUGCGCAUCAAUGCCAUGUGCCCGGGGUACACGGACACGCCCAUGACGACCUCACCAGAUGUUCAGAAGGCCGUCGAGGACACUGUCCGCACUCUGGUGCCAAUGAGUCGCUUGGGACAGCCAAAGGAGAUUGCCGAUGGCGUCUUGUUCCUUGCCGGUGGGAGAAGUUCGUUUAUUACCGGCACUACGCUCUUGGCCGACGGAGGCUGCACGGCACACUGA